AUGAGGAGAGAACUAAUAGAUAUGGAAGAGAUGCUGAGAAAACAAGAGAUGUUUGUGAGUAGUAAAAAGAAAAUGACAGCGAUGACUAGUGGCAGUUAUAGGGAGGGAUUCAGGAUGAAGGACUCAGAUUUAGACAUAAUGUUAUGGCCUACUGACCACAAUAUAAUCUGGGAUCUGGAUCAAGCUCAGAAUUAUGAAUUAAACAGAAAAACACUGAUUCUAUGUGAUUGUUCCAAAAGUCCACCUGGAUUUGCUUUACUUGAAUUAUUGACAGAAACUCACUGGGAACGUUUACAGAAUGCAUGUAUAAGAAUCAAUAACAGACUUUAUAUAUCAAGUUCUGAGUUCAGACGUCAAACAUUUGCUACUGUUAUGCCUGAUUCUAAAGAACAUGGUCCAUGUCGUAGCGGUGCUAUCGGAACAUUAGAAUAUGACAUAGCUCUAUGCUUUGCGUGUGAUAUUUGGCCCCCUCCCGCCUUCCAAUGGAGAAACAGAUGUCACUCAUGGCCGCUAGCUCCGAUCAUUGAUGAAAUAGUCAGAAACGGAUGCCAUUUUGUAGCAGUAGGGCACAAACUAGGAAAUCACGCUGACAAAGAAUGGAGAAUUUCUUUCUCUUUGGCAGAGCAAUGUCUAGUUUCCUCUAUGAAUCAUUGCCAAUUCCUAACGUACGGUCUGCUGAAGUUGUUCUUAAAAGAAUGCAUUAACAGUGGACUAAGUGAAGAAAAUAAAUUACUGUGUUCUUAUCACAUGAAGACUGCUGUUUUUUGGGUGAUUCAACUAAAUCUAAUGCCUUAUUGGUGUCCACAAAACCUCCUGCAGUGUUUCUGGAUCUGUUUUAAACUUAUCUUAAAAUGGGUGUAUAAAGGCAUCUGUCCAAAUUUUUUUAUUCCAGAAAACAACAUGUUUUUGAGUAAUAUUCACGGUAAAGCACAAAGAGAAUUGUUCAUUAGACUUCAUGGAUUAUAUGAGAAGGGUUUAGCAUGCCUGCUUUACAGUCCAUCCAUCAGAUCACAUGUUAUAAGUGUCCUUCAAAACCCUAGGCAAUCUGUGUGUCCACAUGAACUUACAUCGAUUUAUGAGGUGAAAUUUGAACUAAAUCUAUUCUAUGAGAUAUAUCGCAAUAUUAUACCAACAAAAAAAUUUAACCCCUGUAUGAGGUUUCUGAACGCUGUAGAAAGUUUGAUCAUUUUACCUCUGACACAAUAUCAGAAACUUCUUUUACAGAAGCGUACAUCCUCCAUACUCCAGAUCACAGCUUUUAUUUUACUUAACGAUUUAACAGAUUCCUUACUACUGGGAGUGGAUAACAGCACAUGUAGGAAUAAAAUGAUAUAUUUAACUGACAAAACAUCACUUUACAUGCUGAAAUUAGCGGCCAGGUUUGGAUUCCUUUCCGACAUGUUGUUCAUUGCCAUGUAUUAUUACAAGACAUUGAGGUACUUGGAAGCUUUAACGGUAAUAGGAGCUACAAAAGCCAAGUUAGUACAGUCAUGUGUAGUGUAUGGGGGACGUGUAAAUGCAACGAGAUAUAUCGAGGAUGUAGGGAGUCUAUCCCUGUCUUCAAAAAUGAGAAAGGCUGUAGCAUGCGAUAUUUUGCUGGGAAAUGAACUUUGUUACAUUAAUGAAUUAAUGCCAGAACAACAGUCUGCGUUACAGGGUAGAAUCCGUGGAUUAUAUAUUCCUCUCUAUGUUUUCUUACAUAUGUUGGAAAUCUUCUGUUACAGACAUGUAGACCCGGUGAGAACACAUAGAACUCUACAUGAUCUACACGAUCUUGUACACCAUGAUCAGGAGACAGACAUACUUGGAGAUGGAAAAGACAUAGCAUGGGAGAUCUUAGGGAUCUGUCAACAGAUAACAGGGAAUUACCAGGCUGCUCUGUAUUCCUACCAGCAAUCCUUAACACAAGAAACAUUCAAUGAAAUGCAAACCGCUACAUUAAUGAGGAUACAGCAAAUCAUGGACCUAAUCCAUAGAGUGUAACAUUUAAUUGAUACAUGUAGU